ACAAAUUUUAAAUAAUAAAUAUUGUAACUUUGAAUCAUGAAAAUGCAUGAUAGGUUUAAGCAAUUAGAAUUUCCUUUAUUUGUGAAUGUUUUCAUAGUUAUGACAGAACCAAAUAUAACCUGCGAAUUGAAAAAUUAGUAGCAUGUUUAUUUUGUGUUUGAAAUGAAAAGCACUUUAACCAAAUAGGAAAGAAAAUGUGAAAGGGCAAUAAAGCUGUUGAAGUCUUUUAACAAAGUUUGCAAAAGGAGUUGAUAAUGGAAGAGUCUUCAAAACAAAACAUUGCUGAGGAAGAAGUCAAUAAUUUAUUUCCUCCUUCUGUUUCUUUAAAUGAAUCUACAAAAAAAUGUAACCUAUCAUUUUCAUUUAAUUUUGAUUUUGAUGAUGUGAACAAUGAUGAAUCUUCUGACUCAGAAACUGCGGAUUUACAAAUCGAUGUCUCUGAAAUUGAUAAUAAUGAACCUCCAAAUAAACAUAAAAGGGAUACUGUUGAAGAAACUUCUUCGGUCAUUAAUGAGAUGGAAGAAGAAAUUGAAAGACAACUUGAUGCUAAAGCAGCUAAAAUUAAUCUAACAGCAACAAAUGUGAAAAAUAUUUUGAAACAUGUUAUUACUAAUGAGCAUGUAAUGGCAAUGGUUAAAAAUCGGCUUUAUGAUACAGAAGAUGAUGUAACAUUUGAACCAAAGUUGACAAGAGCAAAGGCCAAAGAAUUAGCAGCAGCUCAAGUUAAUAUACCUUGGCCAAUUACUCCAGUGAAAAAAGCUUCAUCUGAAGUGCAAGUAUUAAUCGAAGAAGAAUUACCAGAGGAUUCUUCUGAUGAAGAGUAUAAUCCAGAACAAGAUAAACAAAGUGACGAUGAAAAAGAAGCAGAAAAUUCUACGAGUAGUGAUGUGGAGUCCCAACCAUCAACACCGUUAAAUCAAUGUGAUACAUUGGUACUUGAACAGUGUAAAUUGUCACAUGUUCAAUAUGACCCAGAGGGAAUUUUCAAAAUUCCAAAUAUACCUCAUGUUCCAACAGAAGAAGAAAGUAUUGGUCAGAGAACACGUUCAAAACUCUGUUUAAGCGAAACACCUUUGGAACAAAUUGAACAGGCAUUUAUACCACCAGAUAUAACAACUGAUAUGUAUGACUGGGAUUGUGAAUUAGAUGAAGAUUGGGACAAUUUUUUAAAAGAAUUUACUCAACCAUUAACUCAAGAACCUGUAACAGAAGAUGAUCCAGAAGCAGAUCCCGAAUAUAAUAUUUUGGAAGAUGAAGAAACAGACUUUUUUGAUAAAGAAGAAUUACGAGCUGAUAAAGCUGUAAAAGUUACUCGCAAAGAAUUAAAUAAUUUGAUUGCCGAAUUGUUUGAAUUUACUGAUACAUUUUCAAAACAAGAACAGGAAAUUUCAAAAAAAAGAAGGUCUCCAGAAAAUAUAAAUUCCUCUGCUGAAAAUAAUAUGAAUUGUUCUGUAACAGACUUACUGCCUGUUUAUAAAGAAUCUGAAUUUCCUGAUUUAAUAGAUUCUAAACAACGAGAGUUAUUGGCAACUCAAUUUCGGCAGCAUGUUCAAUUGACUGUACAACAUUUUACUAUGACAUAUAUGCAUCCUGAUUUACAUUCGCUAUCAAUAACAUGCAAACAGAAUUUAAAUAGUAUAAAGUAUUUAAGCAAUGGUCCACAUUCAGCAUUUAAUGUAGCAAAUUUGCCAGAUGCUUUGAAAUUAAUAUCUGAUUGGGAAAAUAAAUUUUUGGAUAAUAAAUUUUGUGAAGAUUUUAAAAAAAGUUUUGCAGAUGAAGAUGCUAUAAAAAAAAUUUAUCUAACAAAUAAAUGGAAAUAUAUUCCUAAAUUUCAUCCAGAAUUAAAAAAAUUAUUUAUGGAAAGUAAAGCUUUAAUGUACCCACAACUUUUGCCUGAAAUACCUUUUAGAAGCGAAUUAAAUAAAUUUGCAAGAUCACCGUAUGUGAGAUCCGAAGAAAAUUUAAUCGUCUUAGGUUUAGAACAAUUUCUUCCUUUUGUUGCAUCCAAGCCAAGAAGGUUCAAAAGUAAAAAGAUUCAAUUAAUGGAUGCAGUACAAUUAAUUAUUCAGUAUUUGAUACCAUGUAGAGAACCUCACGGAAUAUUUUCUCAUAUUCAGAAACGCCGAUAUGCAAAAGAAGGAAAUCCAAUAAAGCAUUUUUUUGAAAAAGGCUGCGCUCCUAGAACUAUACAUUACAUAACAUUAGAAUGUGAUCUUAAAGCACCUAAAGACCAACCAAUAAACCUGUUACCUUUAAUAUGGCAAACGUAUCUUAAUAAUUCGGAGCAAAAAAUUGAUUUACUCAAACGAAAACAUAUAUUGAAUUCAUACAAUGAUCUUAUGAAAAAAAACUGUUUAACUAGUGGAAACACAACUGUUUCUAACAUUCCAUGUUUGCGUAAGCUGAAUGUUAACACAUUACCGAGAAUAUUACCUGCAAAUACUAAUAAAAAAACAGUAACUAAAAAUAUAUCGAAAAGUGAUUCAAAUAUAAAUGAGAACACUAACUGUAAUAACUUGGUAAAAGUAUCAAGGAAUGAAACAAAUACUCUCCCACAUAGUUCUGAUACAGUAUGUAAUGAAGAACGUAUAUUACAUGACAGUAACUUUUCCAAGACCAUAACGACACAAGAAGAGGAAGCAAAAAAAGGCGAUAAAAAUUUUGAAGAUGUUCAACAUGGUGUGUUAAUAAAUUCAAAAAGUUCGAAGUUUUCUAAAAAAUCUGAAAUGGUACAAGAAUUACCUCCGUUACGAAGAACUACACCUAGAUUAGCGAAAACAAGAAGUGCUCAAAAUAUGAAGUUAAUGGCUCAAGUUUUAGGAUCGAAAGGAUUAUCAUCUAAUUAUAAUACUUUAAAAACCAGAGAAAAAAUCGAUUUAGAUAAGAACAUAGAUAAAAUGUUAAGCUUGCCAAAAAUUGAUAGUGAAGAGGAAAUAGCAGAACUAAUGUUAGCUAGUACUACUAUCAAGAAAGAUUCUGUUAGCAGAAAGAAAGCUAAAGAAGCUAGAGAGUUAGAAAAUAUUAAAAGGCUUUUGGAAUCUGAAAAUCCAUUAAAUGAAGAAGAAAGAGCAUCAAAAUUUGCAGCAUCAUAUCUUCAAAAAUUACAUUUAACAUUAGAAUCUAGUAAUCCAGAAACAUUUCGAUCUGUGAUAAAAUUAUAUUUAGAUUACUAUGAAAAAUUAGAAAGUAUUAAUCAAAUGGAGAGCGAACUACCCUUUUCUAGUACAUCAGAAUUUUUGCAAAACGAACAUAUCAAGGAAAAAAAUACAAAAGAUAAAGAUGCAAUUACUAUUAAAUUAUAUUGGGAUGUAUGUGAAAAAUUACAUGAAUAUCCCGAGCUUUGUACAGAUUUUUUGUUAUUUCUGAAGCCACAUCAAGCUGCAAUGAUAGAUAAGUCAGUAGAGUAUAUAAUGCUUCAAAAGAUGAGCGAUUUUAUUAAUGUAGCUCAAAUAUAUUUUGCAAAACAACCGUCUCGAAUCGCAAAAAUUAUGCAAGCUAUUACACAACUUUCAUCCGAUCCUCAAACAACUUUGGAACAUGUUCACGCAUCUAUAGGCCCUAUACUUAAAGGACAUCCUUUAGUUAUGGAUUUAUUUUUACAAAUAUUACCUACUGCGAAACCACCAGAAAGUUUAUUUGCAUCGCACAUGUUCGAAAAUUUAACAUGUCCAAUGGGACCAUACGAUAAAAAUAAAAUUUAUACCGAAGAUGCACCAGAAUUAUAUGAAAAUGUUGAAUUGCCAGUGUUAGUAUCUCAGGAAGAUCCUUACGGUGGAGAAAAUUGCAAAUGUAAUUGUCAUAGUAGUGACGAUGGUACUUUUAAAAAUAUUCCGGAACAUUGUGUAUCUUGUGGUACAAGGUUUCUGAAUGGCAAAAUUUAUCUUCAAACAUCUGAAGGUUUAAGACCUGCUAAAAUUAUAUUUCCUGGAGCUGAUGAAGAAAAGUUAGAAAACAUUGCUCGUGUAUCGUUGAAAACAGUUGAUAAAUUUGUUCCGUCUAUUUCCUCUCGACAACGGAAAAAAUCUUCUAAGAAUGAAUUCAAUUCGGAUGAACAGUACCAAAAAUCUUGCGUGUCAAAAAAUUCGUCUACUAAAGAAAAUGAAGAAGGAGGGAAAGCGGUAAUAAAAUCAAAAAAGAAUAUAAAAUCUCCAUCAAAAUCAGGAGAUCAAAAGAGAUGUUUGAAAAGAUCAGGAAGUGAAGUAGACCAUGUGCAUACAAAUGCUAAAAGAAUGCGUAUAACACAAUGUAAGAAUAAAAAGGAAAAAAAAAUUGAGAAAUAUGAAGUAAAAGAGAAAGAUACAAAUUCGUACGAUCUUGAAUACGUAAAAUUGGAUGAACCUUUGUAUACAGAUUCGAAAGAUUCUACUAAAGAAACGACAUCCGAAAACACGAUAAACAUAAAUGCUGACGUAUUAAAUGAUAAUGUAAAUAAAACUAGUGUAUUUAAUGAAAUGGAUAAUACUGUUAGUUUCAAUAUUAAUAUAAAUACUAAACCAUGGACACGACAAGAAGAUAUGAUACUAUUACAAACUAUUAAAAAGGAAUAUUCUGAAAAUUCGUUAGCAAUGGUUAGUAAAACAUUAGGAAAUCGUACGAUCGAUCAAGUUAGAGAAAGAUGUGAAACACUACUUCUAUUGUUAGAAAAAAUGAUGUAGAUAUAUACUAUAUUUACAAACAAUGCAAUCUUAUUAUUUAUUUAAUUUUAAUAGAUAAAUAAAAGCAGUAUUUAUUUUAUGAUAAUACUAAAAUAUUUUGUUUCCUAAUGUAAAACAUUACUAAUUUAUCCCUACAUUACAUUGUAAUAUACAUAAAGAUUUACUUUUAAUAAUCUUAAACAUAAUUUCAUUAUAAUAGUACUAUCUGGCACGAAGAAUCAAUUA